AAAUAUUAUGGGAAAAUGUCAAUGUGUAAGUCAUUGGAUGGCCACUGUGAAAGCCCUUCUUUCACGGCUAAAUGGAGGUUAAGAAUAUUUUUUUUCAUGCAAUUACAGAAAAGCCCACAGCACAUGAAUGUGAUUUCACUCACAUAAAUGGGUAAAAUGGGUAUCUUAGUCAUUUACAAGAUGAAGAUUUGGACGUGUCUUUAAUGGGGUGUCCUAUCAGUAGAACGUGCCUCUUAAAUAUUCUCUGGGAGUUUUUGACACAAAGUUCUAGUCAUUCAUAUCAUCAGCUAAUAAAAAGAUACUUUUGUCUUUUAGAGCGUGAUUACGAUAUCAAAUUACACAGGUAAAACUGGUUUUGUGGGUUAUUUUUCUGUAACUAAAUUGAUGUAUAACAUGUUUAUCCAACAAUGCAAAGUGAAUUCUAUACAUUUCACCCUAAUAUGCCAGUAGCAGUUUUUUAAGGACUUCAUCCAUACAAAUAUUUCAAGUGCCAAAACUCUUGUAAUUUUCAUUUCAUCUUUUUACAAUGCUGUCCAGAAUCUCUGCCCUGACAGUAUUGUUUUUAAGUGAUGUCUUCAAUUUUAGAUAUACUUUCUUCAGGUACGUCUAAAAGGGAGUAGUAAAGGAGUAACUUUUGGAAAUGAAAUAAAGUGAAAUUUGGUGGAUGCAAUUGUUGUGCAUUUAUGGUUUGAUAUGUGAUGAUGAUUAGGAGUGCAUUCAUCCUGCAUGAACCUAUUUAUUUUCUCCCUACUUCAUUGACCUUUACAUUGGAUUCCCUCAGUUAAUGAUAUUUUUCUGAACUGUUAUAGUCCUUGUGGGUCAGGGAGCAUUCAAGUAGCAAGCAAGGUCCUAAUUAUUAACCCCUUUUACUUUCCUGGAACACAAGGCAGUUAAGCCAUGCAGCAGACCCCAAAGACAAGAAGUAACUCCUCUGAAGUGCCUCAGAAAGUGUCCCCUCGUGGUGGUGGACGCCAACUCAGGCCUGCCACACUAGAUACUGCAUCUUCAUCAAACCAAGCUCACAAAACUUCAAAGGAUCAUAGAAGUCCUAAAGUCACUGAGCGCAGAUCACCCAGAAGUCCAGCUCCAGAGAGGAAGCGUCCUAGCAGAAUAUCUGAAUUAGAAUCUCAGAUUUCUCAACUCAAAGAGGAUUUGAAGGUUGUGAGGAACCAGCUCAGUUUGUCUGACUCAUCCAAGAAGCAAGCUCAGCAAGAUGCAGAAGAGUCCAAGAAACAACUAUUUGCCGUAUCUGUGGAACUUGAAGAAUCUCAACAGCAACUUCUGAAGUUCUCUGCUACUGAACAAGCUCGUGUUAUUGAGCUCCAGAAAACUAUAGAAGAGCAUGAUAAGGCGUGGCAAUCGGAACUCAAGGCUGCCCAACAGAAGCUCUCAGACAACACUUCUGCACUGACCUCUGCUAUCGAUGAAAUUCAGCAGCUCAAGGUACAACUUGAAUUGGUAGCUAAUUGUGAGAAUGCACACACCCAAAUUGCAGAAUCAUCGGACGUGGAAUUACUGAACUUGAAGGAUAACUUGGCAGAAUCACUUUCCCUUGUGGAGAACAUGAAAAAUCAACUCCGGGAUUCUAAAGAGUCAGGUCAGGCACAAGCUUUGGUCAACGAGACUUUGCGACAACUUGAAGCUGCAAAAAGAACUGUUGAGUUCCUGAGAGCUGAUGCUGCAAAAGCUGUGCAUGGCUACAACUCUGCUGCUUCGGAAUUAGACCAAUCUAGAACACGGGUGGACACACUAGAGACACUAGUCAGUAAACUUGAGUUUGGCCUCAUUAGUAACAAAGGCAACCAUUCUUUAAAUGUUGCAGAUGAUGGGAACAUGGAGCUGAAAGCUGAGAUAUCAAAAAAGGGUGAGGAUCUUAAUCACACUGAAGCAGAAAUUUAUUCUUUGAGGUCUUCCAUAGAGACUGAUGACGAGACUAAGCACCUGGAAGAACAUAUUCAGUGUUCAGUGAAGCUCAGGAAAGCCUAUGAGUUGAUUGAGCAGAUAAAAUCAGAAUCAAGCCAAAGAGAAUCCGAGCAAGAGGUAGAAUUGAAAAGAAAGAAUGCUGAUAUUGAACAUUUGAAGGCUAACCUAUUGGAUAAGGAAACUGAGUUGCAGGGCAUUGUGGAGGAGAAUGAGAAGUUGAAUUUGCAGCUUCAAAAGAGAAAUUCAUCCCAAAGAGAGCUUGAACUUAAAAAGGAGCUUCGAAAACUAGAUGAAUGUGUGGCUGAGUUAAAGGGUGAUCUAAUGGACAAGGAAACAACAUUGCAAAACAUAUCAGAAGAGAAUGAAAUGCUGAAGUUGGAGCUUCGUAAGAGGUUUGGACACGGUGGUAAAGUGGGGGUGGAAGUUGCUGCAGAACUUGAGGCUGCUAAGGCUGCCGAACGUGAGGCUGUUAUGAAACUUGGUAUUUUGAUGGAAGAUGCAGAAAGGAGCAACCGAAAGGCGGAGAGGGUGGCUGAGCAGCUAGAAGCGUCUCAGGCAGCAAAUUCAAUAGUAGAAGCUGAACUGAGAAGAUUGAAGGUGCAGUCUGAUCAAUGGAGGAAGGCUGCAGAAGCAGCUGCUGCUAUGCUCUCAGCAGGGAACAAUGGGAAGCUGACUGAGAGAUCAAUGUCUUUAGACAACAACUAUAACUCUAUGAUGAAUAAGUACUCACCUUUCUGUGAAGAACUUGAUGAUGAUUUUCAGACCAAGAAAAAUGGCAACAUGCUGAAGAAGAUUGGGAUCUUGUGGAGGAAACCUCAAAAAUAGUCACUGUUUGGUUUAGACCACUUUCUAAUGUUGUAGUGCAAUGUAAUCUUAUGUUACUGCAAUGUUUAUGUUAUGCAAUUUUGUCUGAUCACAACCUUUCUCCUUGUUUGGUAAACAUGGUCUACUACUUCUGCCUUGUAUUCUAUUUAUUUAGUUAAGCCCUUUUAUAUGAUCUACCAUUUCACUAUCUAGAAAAUCCAGGAAAUUAUAUUUUCUUUGUGACUUUGUAGUAUCAGGAAGCAUUGAUUUUAUAAUGUCUCAAUGUUUGUUUCUUCUCCAUUUCAUGGAAAUUC